AUGGAGUGUCGAUUCUUGGCUUGCUACGAGGAGUGGCUCCAAAUCCAGGGAGCCGAUCUGAACGAGCUCCUCCAAGCCAUAUCGAGCCAGAAUGGGAGCAGGGCCCGCAGCGAGAUGGAGCUCCGGGAGCUAGUUGAGAAGAGCGUGCGGCACUACGAAGAGUAUUACGAGCGGCGGCGGAGGCUGCUGCGGGAGGACGGGCCCGCCUUCUUCGCCCCGCCCUGGUGUAACUCCUUCGAGAAAGCCGUCCUCUGGGUCGGCGGCUGCCGCCCCUCCAUGUUCAUCCGCCUCAUCUACUCCCUCAGCUCCGCCGGCCUCGAGGCCCACCUCGACAACCUCGCCGGCCGCACCUUCGCCUCCCACGGCGAAGGGCUGGUGGGGCUGUCGGCGCCACAGCUGGUCCUCGUCAACGAGCUCCACCGGUCGACGCUGCUGGAGGAGAACAGGAUCACGUCCCAGGUGGCCACGCUGCAGGAGAACUUGGCCGACCGGCCGCUGCUCCCGAUCGUCAAGGAGCGGCAGAGGUGGCGAAGGAGCGACACCUCCCGCGGUGAGAUUGGCGACGACGGGGACGCGGAGGUGGUGGCAGCGAUGGGGUCAUAUGCGGCGGCGAUGGCGGGUCUGGUGGAGGCGGCAGAUCGGCUUAGGCUGGAGACGGCGAGGACCCUGCUGUCGGACAUCCUGACGCCGAAGCAGGCGGUGGAGCUGCUGGCGACGGGGAAGCAGCUCCACCUUUCGGUCCACGAGUGGGGCCACCAACGGGACCUGAGCCACAGCCGCGGUGGAUGA